AUGCGCCAUCUCUUCCUGCUCCUUUUCUUCCUCUCGUUAUGGCCAGAUGUUGGCUGGUGCCAAUCGACGACACAAGCUCCUAAUCAGAAUGCGGCGUUGUGCCAAACGAACAACUGUCAGAAUGGGGGAACGUGCCUGGUCGCCAGUAGCAUUCCAGUCACUUCCACGUGUCCGACAAACACGAUCUACUACAUGGGAUCCUGUUAUCUUUUCGAUAGUACACCCAGGAACUGGAAUGAUGUGAGAGCGCACUAUGAGACCAGUUCUUCAGAAGUAACCUUUUCAGGCAGCUGUUUACUGCAAUAAAAUGGACGGAGCCAGUCUUCCGUUGGUCGAAUCGACUGAAGAUCAAGCGUUCUUCGCCGGCUACUUGCAAGCGAUGAUUCCGUCGGAACCGCGUGAGUAAUCCUCUUGUCAACAAGCUGCCCACUCACGGGGAAGCACAAAAUGUUGUGUCCACUUUAGCUUCUGGUAUCCGACCCGCUCCGGAUGGCGUUUGGACGGCGGUGCGUGGAGUGAAUAACGUGACGAGGGCCUCGUGGGUCUACUAUCCGGGAUCCUUUCUGAUAACGGACACGUACUGGGCACCUCAAGAGCCGAACGUUUAUGUGAGCUAUAACGGUAGGUGACCUCUCUUGUAGCUUCUUCAGAUGCUUUCUUUUGUCAGAUGUCUGUGUGGCCCUGGAAUCCAGCACUUACUACCGCGAAUGGACGACCGCUCUCUGCAAUGUGCUCCUUUACACCGUUUGCAAGAUUCCUCCAGCUGAGUUAGACUCACAGUAUGUCGGGCAAUGCUCGUGCCCAUCUGGAUACGGAGGUCAGAACUGUGAAACUCCAAUCUCAACAUCCCAAGAGUCCACUCAAAGAACGUGUGGAAGUGGAGACUUUCAGUUCUCUUGCCAAAAUAAUCAGACUAUUGUGGUCGAUUACGCAUCUUUUGGAGCUCAGGUAAGCCAAAAGAAGAGGGUAGAAAUAUCAAGAGAUGACGUUUGAGGAGAGUUCAAUGUGCAACCAGGCGAGUCAAUCCAGAGAGCAAACGUGCUCGAAUGUCAACUCACUACAGACCGUCAUAAACGCGUAAGGGGAUUACGAAGGGAAUGCCAUGGCAUGGCAACACAGAGUAUUUCAGAUGCCAAGGACUUCAGUCGUGCGAGAUCAAGAACCUCACAACUGCAUUUAUCAACACACCGUGUCCAGUGGCCCAAGAACAAUAUCUGGAGACCAGAAUGAGAUGCCAGAACGGUACAAAGAACAUUGAAAUCGAGUCCCACUAAAAACCUUCCAGCUCAACAAGUAUCAUGUUCCUCGAACACGGUUCAGUAUGAUGGAAGAUGUUACACCUUGACUAUAGAGACAAGUGAGAAGAAGCAGAGAACUCUAGUGGCAGCUGAGCAGUACUGCUCACAAAGCGUAAGAACUUUUGAAGUACAUUUAGUUGCAUAAUAUUUUGUGUUUAAAGGGAGGAUCGUUGGUUUCUACAGUACCUGACACACUUCUCCAGCAGAUCGUUGCGAAAGUGAGAGACGAAACUAAAAAGUCGGUGUCGUUUUGGGUGGAUGGCACAGAAAGGUUCGUUAUUUGAAUGCUGUCAUCGGAUCAGAGUGACGAGUGUUCCAGUUGCCGUCUCCUGGUCAUCUCCAGCUCUUCCUCCUCCUACUCCUCGUGCCCUUCUGAUUCAUCCUCGACCGCAAACGUCAUCUGCUCGACCGUGCCCCAAUCGUCGGCUUCUCUGUCAACACGCCCUUCUCAAUCGGCUCCGAUCGACCGAGAAUCGCAGACAAUGGCUCGUCGUGAAGUGUACACCGGAGUUCAACCGUAAGUGCUUUAUUGUUUUGUUCCGGUUAUGAACUCUCUCUCUCUGCGGUCAACUAAAAAUCACAAAUUAUUAUUUGUUGACCGAACGAAAUGAAUCUCUUCCUCUCUUUCCCUCCCUCUCUUUCUUUCCGCUCGCCCAGUUCGAUGAGGAAGGACCCCUAACCGGUUCUGUGUGUAUCUCGCAAUCGGUCUGUGUCUCUGCGAAUCGUACGAUCUUUGGGGCAAGCUUGAUUUGCCAGCAGCAAUGAAUGAGUCACUAAUACGUAGUCGGGGAGGCCCGCCAGUCGUCCAUUUUCCGUUUGACACAUGUUCACGGAAUGAGAGCUCACUUUUUGAUUCUAACAAUUGUGAGCUAUGUAGUUGCAGUUAGUGACUCGCAAGAUAGGUUGGAAGAUCUGAAGACGAGCAAAAUUAGAUUCUAAUUCAUUCCGGUUUCAGUCCAAGCGUACCUGAUUCGAUCAACAAACCGAGAUAUUGCAAGAAGGAAAACAAGGAUGGUGAGAAAGAUGAGAAGGGUUCAAAAUGUUAACGUACUGUCCUUCAGGUAUCACUUACGACCAGACCCGAGCGUGCAUGCUUCACGAACAACCUUGUCCCGAUCCCGAGAACGUCGAGGGCACAGUAACCCGGUAUUGCAACUGCCAAACCGCGAAAUGGGAAGUUCCGGAUACGACGAACUGCACUCAUCGAUGGGUGGCAGAGAUGGAAACGGCUAUAAGGAUAGGCAGCCAGUCGAAGAUAUCAGUUCGACAGUGAACAGACAGUUGAAGUGAGUGGAACCAAUACAUGCAUUAGAGAAAGCAAACGAAACGUUCAGGUCCACAAUCCAACGGAAACUGUUCGGUGGCGACAUCACUGGAACAGUCCGUCUCAGCAAUGACAUGCUCAGUCUCGCUCGGAAUCAGUUCGACGGGUUGGACGACCGUAAUCUCAGAGAGAACAAAGCGAAGAACUUCACGGAGAACCUCGGCGGGUCCGGGGAUCAGCUGUUGUCUCCCGUGGCCGCCACCGUCUGGGAUCAGCUCUCCUCUUCCAUUCGCAUUCAACACGCCUCCAAGUUGAUGAGCGUUCUCGAACAGUCAGUUUUGUUGCUCGGAGACUACAUGACCGAUCAGAAGUUGAACUUGGCCUAUGUUAACUGGGCAAUGGAAGUGGAACGCUCUGAGCCGGAACUUCAAACAUUUGGAGCCGCGUCCACCAAUGUUCAAGAUGAUUCUGGAAUUUUGAAGUGAGAAAAAAGAACAAUGCAACACUAGCAUAACCUAUUUUCCAGAUCAAACUUGGCAGCUGCUCCGCCAAUGGAAACCAAUCAAACCAUCGUUUUUCCGUCGCUCAAACUCUCCCCCACCAUCACUCUCCCUUCCGCUUCCCUUCUGAGCUCUUUCGCCUACACUUCAUCUUCCAGCUCCACUCUUAACAAUCGUCCAAACAUUCUCGCCUCUUUCCAAGAUGACACUCAGACGGGCGCCGCCGCCGUUCCGAAUCUCAACAGAAACCCCACCAAACUCGGAUAUUAUGCAUUCGCUGGAUUCGGUCAGCUGCUCAACAACAACAAUAAUCACACGAUGAUCAACAGUCAAGUGAUCGGCGCGUCAGUUGAGAAUGCUACUCGGAGCGUCAGCCUGCCGUCGGAUCAUCCGGUCACUUUUACAUUCCAACAUCUGAGCACGCGAGGAGUUUCCAAUCCGAGAUGCGUUUACUGGGAUCUAACAGAACGGUUCGGGAUUCUUUUAGUUAUCGCUGUCAUCUGAAUGUUUCAGAAAAUGGUCAACAAAUGGCUGCACACUGGUCUCCACCUCGCUGAACUCUUCGCAGUGUUCUUGCACUCAUUUGACAAGGUCUCUUUUUCAUUUUAUUUUCAUUUAUUCGCCGAAUUCUACGUCAUUAGACCAUUCAAACAUCAUUUUUAUAGCGUGGAACAAGACAGAAAUUUCAGUUUCGCAAUUCUCGUGGAUGUUUCCGGACAAGUGGGUCAGUUCUCCGGAGGUCUUGCUUCUGCCCUUGACGUCGUCUCGACCAUUGGGUGCGCCAUCUCGAUCGUCUGCCUCGCACUCAGCGUCUGCGUCUUCACCUUCUUCCGCAACCUUCAGAAUGUUCGAAACUCGAUCCAUCGCAAUCUUUGUCUGUGUCUUCUGAUUGCCGAGCUUGUUUUUGUCAUUGGUUUGUCUGAAAGUAUCCGCAUUGUACUAUUCUCUCGUUCAGGAGUGGAUCGUACCGGAAACAGGACUGGAUGUGGAGUCGUCGCCAUUCUCCUCCACUACUUCUUUCUGGCAUCCUUCUGCUGGAUGCUUCUAGAAGGAUACCAACUGUACAUGAUGCUCAUCCAGGUCUUCGAGCCGAAUCGCACCAGAAUCUUCCUCUACUACCUCUUAUGCUAUGGUACUCCAGCCGUCGUCGUGGCAAUUUCAGCUGGUAUCAAGUGGGAAGCCUAUGGAACUGAUACCUAGUUAGUUGGAAGAUUUCGAAUAAGUUUAAUCUUUUUUAUUCCAGCUGCUGGAUCGACACCUCCACACCGACCAUCUGGGCGUUCGUUGCUCCGAUCAUUGUCGUCAUCGCCGCCAAUAUAAUUUUCCUUCUGAUCGCUCUCAAAGUGGUCCUUUCGGUUCAAAGCAGAGACCGAACCAAAUGGGGACGGAUAAUCGGAUGGCUCAAGGGCUCGGCCACUCUUCUUUGUCUCCUAGGAAUCACGUGGGUCUUCGGAUUCCUCACGGCAGUCAAAGGAGGCACCGGAACCGCCUUUGCGUGGAUCUUUACGCUUCUCAAUGCCACACAGGGAAUCUUCAUAUUCGUACUCCACGUAGUGCUGAACGAGAAAGUGAGAGCAUCAAUCGUCAGAUGGCUGCGCACCGGAAUCUGCUGCCUGCCCGAAUCCAGCAGUGCCGCUUACAACAGCAGAUCCUUCCUGAGCAGUCGACAGAGAAUUCUGAACAUGAUCAAAGUGAACGGGCACAGUUAUCCAAGUACGGCGAGCACAGAUGAUAAAGAGAAGCAGUUGACCCCGAUCACGAAGACGUCAGACUGGCUGAGCAGACUCCCGAAUCCUGAUUCUGCAUCUCUCCCAGAAGAGAACGUGCAUUCGCAUUCUGACGAGCAGCGAGAAGAGCUCCCCGAGCUGCCAGAUCUGAAUGAACUCCGUCGGAGAGUUACCGUCGACCUGAAUCCUUCAGUUAUCAACAACAACUCGAACAAUGAAAUCGAACGAAUAAGUCACGCCUCGUCCGAUCCACGUGGAUCUCAAAUCAUCGAAGUGACACAUGUGGAAAAGAAGGCUCCCGUCAAGCGAAUCAAGUACCCGUUGGGCGCGAAACAGAGCGAACGCGGCUCUCAACACCGCACGAAAUCGCCCGCUCCGCCGCCCGAUUCUCCAUCUUCCAUGACGAAAGACUUCCGAUUUUAA